GGACUGGACGGAACAGGCUCGCAUCACUGGAGACCGAUGCAAGCGCAAUGGCACCAGACCGAGGCUGCUGCAUGAACUGCCCACGGCCAUGGGCACGCGCUUCGACCGAUGGCUGAGCAGACCAUCGACUCUCUGCUUCCUCCGCCGCGUCUUGGACAUCACCAGCAGCGCACCUAUUCCUUCACAGCUGCGCCCAUGCAUAACACACCGGCGAUAUGCACACCAGAACAAACAGCAUCCUGUAGAGGAUCCCGAAGAAGAAGAAGAAGGUGGCCCAAGUCUCCCGCGUAGGCGGUACUAUCGUGCCUCACGAGACGAUGACACCGAUGCUGUAGCUGCUCAGAAACGAGAAGAUGCUACGGAGACUGCAUUGCGGAGGGCGUUAGGACCCCGGGUUGGACUUACAAAUUCGCGCUCGUCUUCGGGGACAAUGUUCACGAGCUUGUCGGGCCAUCUCAUGCAUCCAGUGAGCAGUGCAAGACUCGUCAAACUGCUGGUCGAGUCGCCCAAGCACAGGAGUGAUCUCGGCCUGUGGGCAGAGGUGGCCCAGAACGUUCAACGUCAUGAGGGUUUGGAUGGAGUGAUUGUGGUGUGGGAUGGCAUGAGACAACAUGGAGUGGACCUUCCGACUGUCGGCGAGGACGCUGAUAUCUUGUGGACCACCUUCAUGACCUCCGGUAUUUGGAAAGGGGAGCGCUCUGACCAUAGACGCUUUUUUCUGGAAGUUCUGCAGUACGCUGUUCGCCUCAAAGACCGUUCAGGAAAAGUAUACCCGAAGUUAUAUCAGACUGCUGUCGGCACCUUCUUGUCUGUUAGUCCAUUCUGGGCCGCAAAGUGGGCCCGCUACAUUGCGGAGCAUCUUGGUGAAGAACAAAUCGACCUCAAUGGUCUCGCACCCUAUUGCGCAGCGAGCGACACUUUCAAAGAGUUCAGAGCCAUCUACAAAAAGCAAGGGAGAGCACACAAGCUGUAUGAUUGUUUCAUACCAGAGCUGCUCAAGCAACGAGACGUAGAGCAGGUCCUUCAGUGGCACAAGCUUUUCAUAUCGAAUGGAGAUGGACCGGGAGCAGAAGUAUUUGCUAUGCGGCUCGUGCAAGAACUCUUCGAACGCGAUGGAAAUAGGUCCCUCCCCAUGGUUCACCGUCGAAGUAGCGAGAAAGACGACUUUGUUGUUCCCAGGGACGGCGUGUCAAUUGACCUUCCGUCCAUGACUCGAGCCACGAUGUCAACGCUGGUAGGAGAGGUACAUGGUAUCAAGCAACGAGAAGUGAGCGAUGCUUUUGUCGCGAAAAUGUUCGCCACGAGGGUAUUCCCGCUGGACAUGAUUGUCAGCGGUCUUGGAGUUAUCGGCGUUGACAGAAUUGGACCACUGGCCAUGCGUGAGAUCGCACUUCGAGUCGGCUCUGCAUCCGAAUUUGACUUGAAGCUCAAAAAUUUACAAGACAUGGAAUUAGCGAUUAGCGAUGCCAUAUAUUGCCGACUCCUGAUCAAGCUUGCCAGAGAGGGACCAGAAAAUCUAUACGAGGCUUUACUGACCAGCGACGAACAUCCCGAAGCUUUCGAGGACUCAGCGACGCAGCAAGCCCUCCUUGCUUCGUUCCUGGAGACCGGAGACUUGGUAAAUGCGCAGGUGACUCUGCUAGGACUUUCUCUUAGGGGCGGAGUAGCACAGGCCAGGGCAUGGAACUGCCUUUUGCAGCACCAUGUCAAACACCGACAAUUCCGUCUGGUUGCAGAUACCACUCAGCAAAUACAGGCACUUGACAUCGUCAUCCUGGGAAGCACUCUGGCAUCUGUGUAUCGCUACCUGCUCCCAGAACGCAAUCCUGGCCGUGCUCCGCCGCAGGACAUGCUCGAUGAGUACUUGGGUGUGCCACCUUUACAAUUCGUGACCAACGCAAGCAUGUACGCAGCAGAACGCGGUAUCGAAGUCCGACCGUACCUGUGGAUCGAGCUGAUGAAGCGAUAUGGCAUGUUGCAAAAGUGGGAAGAGUUGGAACAACUUGUACAUUGGCUGCCAAAAUUCUACCGAACCAGACCGAAAUCAUAUCGAACGAUUACGCUUGAGAACGGUAGGAAGGUGAACGUUAAUGUUCCUCUGCGGACCAUAUUCAGUUCUUCGAUGCGUGGUGCAUUGAUCGUCUGGGGCUUCCGGCGCGCUACCACCAAGAAGCUGUUGACCGCAACAGACUCUUCACAGACUGGACACAGCCAUACUUGGGCACGCGGCAUUCUUUUGCUCAAGAAACUCAACGAGGAAGGUCUCCACAAGCCUGAGAUGCAGACAAGUCCAGCUCUCGUACGAAAGGUACUGCUCAAGCAGAUGUGGACACUGUUCGGCCCGGCUUAUUCCACCAAAAAUAUCAACCUGCUAGCGCGGAAGUGCAAUCGGCUCGGUCUUGCACACUUCAUACAACACGCCGACGAAAUAUGGGACGGGCAGCUAUUCGACCUGGAUCCGAGACUUUACGAGCCCCAAAACUUUCCAAAGCUGCUUGUCGCUUUGUUCGGUCGUACAAAACGAGUCGGACAGAAAACGGGAGAUCGUGUGGAUGUUCUUGCAUAUGCUCGAGCUAUCGCAGAACGCCGAUGGGUGCCUCCUAUCCUCCAUCGAGCGCUAAAUCAGAGGCAACGCGCCUGGGAAAGAAGUCCUUUCCGCAUUCCAUCUUCGCGCGCCAGCUUUCGACCAGCCCUUGCUCACGCAGCUGGCACGCCUAGUCUGCACCUCCGCUCUCGUCGACGGCAUCGAUUGCUCUCUGCUCGUUCAAUGAGUUCACAUCCUGUACCCAAUCAUCAAGAUGCUCUGGAAACCGUUGCACCCGGUUGAACUCUCCUGCAAUAGGUGCGCCCAGGGUCAGAUAUGUUGGAACCACUCCGAUCCAGGUCUUCUCAGUCACUUCGCUGUUCUCCAAAUCGGCUUUAUCGUCACUAGGCCCUCCAGCUCUCACUUUCGCAGAAGCAGUUUCGAUUCGCACUUUGAGCACUCCGGUUGAUUGAAGCUCUGCUUUGGUUGGCGGCUGCCUGCUAUUCUCCCACCUCUCGGGUAUGGAGUUGUUUGUGAUCAAUCGCAAUGCAAAAUCGAUCUCUGCGGCGUCCUCCACCAUGGCGCCGUAUCCGUAAGCAACU